AACAUUCCUCUGUUGAUCGUCCAUUCAUACCUAUUCAUUAUCUAUCGAAACCCUGCCGCGUGUGGUGACGUGAAAGACGUGCAAGCAUGGCCGAGGUAGAGGCAGAGAAGGUAUCUAAAAAAUAGAAUAAUUUGAGGUGGAGACAACAUGUUGAGGUUUGGACUGAUAUGCAUAAGGGAAAUAGGGAACACUUUCUGGGAAUUGGGUCCUACUUUCCGAGGUGGUCUUGCUAUAAGCCGUCUCUCUGGAUCCAAUUCAAGGCUGCAUCAUAGUGAGUUGAAACGACGCUUGAAACAGGAGCAGAAAGCUAAGGAGAAAGCAUUGCUGGGCACUCAGAGCACUAAAAAGAAAGAGACCAGCUCUCUUGUUAAAGAGGAGGAGAUCAGUCCCAACGAGUUUUUCAGAUUGCGCAGUCAGGCUGUUGCACAGCUAAAGCAGACGGAUGAACAUCCAUAUCCACACAAGUUUCAUGUUUCAAUCUCGCUAGCAGAGUUUAUAGAUACAUAUGACCAUGUUAGUGAUGGAGAAAUUUUGGAUGGCAUCGAAGUCAGCGUUGCAGGUCGCAUACAUGCAAUCAGAGAGUCUGGAGCCAAGUUGAUAUUUUAUGACUUGCGGGGAGAAGGAGUCAAGAUUCAAGUAAUGGCAAAUUCAAAGCUAUAUGAGUCAGAAGAAAAAUUUAUAGUAGAUACUGCCAAAUUGAGGCGUGGUGAUAUAAUUGGUUGCAGUGGCAAUCCUGGAAAGACCAAGAAAGGUGAACUGUCUAUUGUACCAAAAAACAUGAAACUUCUAUCACCAUGUCUACACAUGCUUCCUCAUCUUCAUUUUGGACUUAAAGAUAAGGAAACACGAUACCGUCAGAGAUACCUAGACUUGAUUCUGAAUGAGAAAGUGAGCCAAAAUUUUCAUAUAAGAGCACAAAUUAUUUCGUAUGUGCGCACGUUCCUUGAUAGUCUUGGUUUUCUGGAAGUUGAGACACCUAUGAUGAACAUGAUUGCAGGAGGAGCAACUGCCAAACCAUUUGUCACGCACCACAAUGAACUCAACAUGGACUUGUUCAUGAGGAUUGCUCCUGAACUCUAUCACAAGAUGCUGGUUGUGGGUGGUAUUGAUCGAGUUUAUGAAAUUGGACGUCAGUUCAGAAAUGAAGGAAUUGAUCUCACACACAAUCCAGAAUUUACAACAUGUGAAUUCUAUAUGGCAUAUGCAGAUUAUCAUGAUUUAAUGCACAUAACAGAGAGCAUGUUAUCAGGCAUGGUAAAAAGUGUACAUGGCACAUACAAAAUCGAGUAUCACCCAGAUGGUCCAGGAGGAGAAGCUGUUGAAAUAGACUUCACACCGCCCUUCAAACGGAUCUCAAUGUUUCCAUCACUGGAAGAGGUACUGAAUGUAAAGUUGCCAGAUGCAGACAAACUGGGUAGUCCAGAGGCCACAAAGUUCCUGAGUGACCUAUGUGAGGAGCGAGGUGUGGAAUGUCCAGUCCCUCGCACUGCUGCACGGCUCUUAGACAAGUUAGUUGGAGAAUUUUUGGAAGAGAAGUGCAUCAGUCCUACAUUUAUCUGUGACCAUCCACAGAUCAUGAGUCCGCUAGCUAAGUGGCAUCGCUCUGUGCAGGGCCUUACUGAAAGAUUUGAGUUGUUCAUCGUGAAGAAAGAGGUAGUCAAUGCAUAUACAGAAUUAAAUGAUCCUGCUGUGCAACGGGAACGGUUUGAGCAACAAGCCAAGGAUAAAGCAGCAGGUGAUGAUGAAGCUCAGCUAGUAGAUGAGACCUUCUGCACAGCACUGGAGUAUGGUUUGCCCCCAACAGCAGGCUGGGGCAUGGGCAUAGACAGACUGACCAUGUUUCUCACAGAUUCCAAUAACAUCAAGGAGGUGCUCUUCUUCCCAGCAAUGAAACCAGAUGACCCAAAUAGACACAAGGAAGAUGAAGAGGAGAAGAUUAUCAUUACAAAUGUGACUGCAAAGUAAACACAUCAACUGCUUUUUAUUAGCACACUCCCAAACUAACUGGUGGCUGUUUUAUUAGGGAAUAUAUAAAUUAAAAUAAAUCCUUCAUUGUGGAAAUAAAUUAUUGAAUUGUCAGCUUCCUUCACAUGUGUUGUUGGUUGUCUGGAAAGUGUUGUUUUACAAUGCAGUGUUAAUUUUUGAAAAACAGAAGCACCAGAUAACCUUUGAGUUAGAAGUAAAAUAAAAAAUUCCUAAUUUAUGAUAGUA